GAAAAGCAUCCCAAUUCACCAAUGACUGCAAAGCAAAUAUUGGAAGUAAUUCAGAAAGAAGGGUUGAAAGAAACAAGUGGCACUUCUCCAUUAGCUUGUCUGAAUGCAAUGCUUCAUACCAACACUCGUGUUGGUGAUGGGACAUUCUUCAAAAUUCCUGGCAAGGCAGGACUCUACGCACUCAAGAAGGAAGACACUACAUGCCCAGCAGAUGGAACAUUGGAUUUAAGUUGUGAAUCUGAGUUGGACAGCACUGAAAUGGCUGAGACUAACAAUAGCAAUGGGGAAGAAAAUGGAGUUUGUCCUAAGCAAGCACCUGAAGAACUGUCUUCCAUUCGGGACUCAAGCCUUACAAAUGCACCAAUGCAAAGCAAACUAGUGUCUUCCUUUCAGCAGCAUACCAAAAAGGCACUUAAACAGGCUUUGAGACAGCAGCAGAAAAGAAGAAAUGGAGUCUCAAUGAUGGUAAACAAGACUGUUCCUCGUGUUGUUUUGACACCAUUAAAGGUGUCUGAUGAGCAGUCGGAUUCACCUUCAGGGUCUGAAUCUAAAAAUGGUGAAGCAGACAAUUCUGAUAAAGAAAUGAAACAUGGGCCAAAGUCUCCAACUGGAAAACAAAUGAGCCAGCAUUUAAAGAGAUUAAAAAAAUCUGGUUUAGGACAUUUGAAAUGGACCAAAGCCGAGGACAUUGAUAUAGAAACACCAGGAUCUAUUCUUGUGAAUACCAACUUGAGGGCUUUAAUAAACAAACAUACAUUUCUUUCAUUACCUCAGCAUUUCCAACAAUACCUCCUGCUUUUACUUCCAGAAGUAGAUAGGCAGAUGGGAAGUGAUGGAGUUUUGCGCCUCAGUAGUUCCGCUCUAAAUAAUGAAUUCUUUGCAUAUGCAGCACAAGGGUGGAAACAGCGAUUGGCAGAAGGAGAAUUUACACCUGAGAUGCAGUUGCGCAUCAGGCAAGAAAUUGAAAAGGAAAAGAAAACAGAACCCUGGAAAGAGAAGUUCUUUGAAAGAUUUUAUGGAGAAAAGUUGGGGAUGUCAGUGGAAGAAUCUAGGAAGCUUACAUCAGUACAAAAUAAUGAAGACGAUAAUAAAUCCCUCUCUGGUUCUUCGGAUUUGCCUGGUCCUUCAAGAGAGCCCUCUUUUGAUGAUCACGAAGAAAAGAGCAACCAGUCACCACUCUUGCCAGAGAGAGAUUUCUGUCAGGCACUUUGCAACAUGGAGCAUGUUCCUGCCAAGGAUCUAAUGGCAGAAACAGAAGACAUUUUGAUUCCAGAAGAAUCCAUUAUUCAAGAAGAGAUUGCUGAGGAAGUUGAGACAAGUAUUUGUGAAUGUCAGGAAGAGAACCAAAAAGAACAUGUGAAUUCAGAACGACCAGUUAGUCCAGUUGGUACAAAUGAAGAAACAGAUCCUUUACCGCUUACAGGGAAUUCUGAAUCAUUUAUUGUGAUGAAUGAUGUAUUAAGUCCAUUAUCUCAUGUUGAAAUUAAAGAAGAGGAAAGAUUGGAGUAUCCCCAGGAAGAAAUGCCAGUCAUAACAAAUCAGAUAGAAAGCAGUUUAUCACCUUCACAAUCUGCUUCUUCCUCAAAUUCUGUUAGUAAUGUGGAAGAAAAAGAUUUGGAAUCCAUAAAAGAACUUAGUCCUCAUGGAAAAUAUUCCCCUGUCCUUAAUGGUUCCUUAUUCACUGGCGGAGGUGUUGCAGUACAUAUGGAAUUGCAGAGUAACCCUGAUGAACUGUCAUCUGAAAAUGCCUGUAUUUCUGAAACAUCUUUUUCUGCUGAAAGCCCAGAAGAACCAUCUGCCAGUUUUGCAUCUCCUGGAGGUGACACCCAGUCUACUUCAGAGGAACCUUCAACACCAGUGUCUCUUGAAACUGUGUGCUCAUCAGACAUGUCUUGCACUGAAACCACUGAAACUGAUACUCAACAAAAAUCUGUUGAUGAUAAUCUGAAUACAUCUUUAAUUUCUGAAAUAUCUCCACUGCCAGCCUCACCUGUAACAUCAGAAGCAUCUCUGUUGUCAAAUUUGCCCCUAACUUCAGAGGCAUCACCAGCUUCUAAUUUACCUUUACCGUCAGAAACUUCCCCAAUGUCUGAUUUGCCCUUGACAUCUGAAACUUCUUCAGUGUCUUCUGUUCUUUUAGCUUCUGAAACAUCUCAUUCAAAUAGUUUACUAUUACCUUCAGAAGCAUCUCCACUUUCAAAUUCGCCAGUGAGUGAAAGAUUUAUUCAGCAAAGAAAAUCGUUGUGUUUGUCUGAAGAAUCCUUGUCACCUCUGAAAGAAGAAACCUGUGGCAUUCCUAAUAUUCCACAAGAAGAUAAUAUUCCAUCACAACAAAAUUCAUUUCAAGGUGUACCUGAUGCUAUGAAAGCUGUCAUAUCUGAACCUUCAAUAACAGAAGGAUCCCAGUCCAGAAAUCUUACUAAUCAAACCUGUAGGUCUCAAACUGAAAUAGAGAACCGUUUCAUUUCUCCUCUUGCAGAAAGCUCUUCUCCAGAAGUGAUAAAAAUGAGAAAUCAUGGUAGCCAGCAAGGAUCUGAAAAUAAAAGUGCAAUCUCUCAACUGGAAGUAUCUGUCUUAACGGAAGUAGCAGAAUGCAAAAAUAUUGAAUCUCUUCCAUCUAAGUCUCAUGCUAAGUUAUAUACCUCAGCAUCAUCUUUAGAAAUUGGCAGAAAUAAGUCUCAUAAACUUCAAGGGACUGUACAGAAUCGGUUUGAAAGUUCCUAUUCUUCAAAAUCAAGUGAAGUUACCAAGUCACCUGAAGUAAGAAAUGAAAGCAGGGACCUGGAGAUUCCAAAGAGGAAAACAGCUGAACAUCACAAUUUUGGAAUCUGUAGAGAGAAGAGGGCUAGAAUUGAAGAUGAUCAGACCCAUCGUAAUUCAUCAACAAAUUCAUCUGAAAGAGAGCCACCACCUAGAGAAGAACCCAGAGUCCCACCCUUAAAGAUUCAGCUCUCAAAAAUUGGCCCACCUUUUAUCAUCAAGAGCCAGCCAGUCUCCAAACCAGAACCUAAGGCUACUCCAAGUACCUCUGUGAGCAGUGGGAGAAACACGGGGGCCAGAACUCUUGCAGAUAUCAAAGCGAGGGCCCAGCAAGCCAGAGCUCAGAGGGAAGCAGCAGCAGCUGCUGCAGUUGCUGCAGCUGCAAGCAUUGUUUCUGGAGGGCUAGGGAGCCCCUGUGAAGGUGGGAAGACCCGAACAUUGGCCCACAUCAAGGAGCAAACAAAGGCCAAGUUGUUUGCAAAGCACCAAGCAAGAGCCCACUUGCUCCAGAACAACAAGGAAAGCAAGUCUCAGCAGGCCUUGAAAGAAGCGCCAUCAGUUGUGGAGAUCUCUAUGGCUUCGGAAACAAAGAUUGAAGGAUCUACUGGUGUAAUUAUAGUUAAUCCUAACUGUCGGUCUCCUAGCAACAAAUCUGCUCACCUUCGUGAAGCUACUGCUUUGCUGCAGCACUCUCUUAAUGCCACUACUUUGCCAGAAACUAGCACUGAUAUCCCUGUUCAAAAUUCUGAUGAAAGCAUAUCUGUGCCUCAUUUUUGUGAGAAAAUGCUAUCUUCUACCUCUCCAGAAAGUAUUUCAGUCCUAUAUAACAAAAACUCAGUUCCUGGUUCUGUGUGUAGCACUGCUAAGUCAGGAACAAUUAAGGAACUUUCUUUUGCAGGUGCAGUUGAUAAGCCCUCUGUUUUAAUGUCUGUUGAAAGUACAGACGCAAAGACUAGCAAUAUAACUAUGCUGAAAUCCGUCCAAGGGGCUGACAUGCCAUGCGUUGCUAUUGUGCCAAAAUGUCAUGAAAACUCUGGUCCUCCAGCCACAGCCAACACUACUGUCUUGUCAGAUUCCUUAGAGGAGAAAAUAUUACCAAUGCCAAGUAGCAAUGCAACUAGUGCAAUUUCAAGUCAGUAUACCACUGUGCCAACUUCAUCUAUUGCAAGUAAUUUAUCAGAUCACCUGUCUGGCAGCUCUGUUUUGAUUCCUCCAGGGGGAUCUAUAAGUAGAUAUCCUUCGGAUAAGAUAUCCCUAACUGGGUGCAGUGACCCAAGUGCUUUGUCAAACAACAUCUCUGUUAGGGCAGCUUUACAUGGAAAUGAGGCACUUUCAGUAGGAGAUUCCAUUGGCAGGACUUCCAUUUCUAUAUUUGCCAGCAGCAUGAUGACUGUAAAUUCUUAUGAUAAUUCCACCAAAAUUAGUGCUGAUGGCAUAGAAAGAAAUUUGGGGAUGAGAAGCCGUUUAGAUAUGCCUGGUAAACCUUCAGUAGGAUAUAUACAGGCACCUGCAAAUAGAUCCAUUCCUUGUAAAGUCAUCGUUGACCACACAAUGACAACAAUGAAUUCAAACCUGUCUCUGGGUCUUUCCACUGAAAGUGUGGAAAGUAGCAUGGAAAUGCAGAACAGGCCGAUUAGGACUGAACCUGCUUUACAAAACAUAACAUGUCCGCAAGUAUCCGUCAUAAGUAGGCCAGAGCUACUUAGUCAUGAAAAUUUGGAGCCCAGCUCUGGUUUUAACAAUGGUCCAACCAAGCCAGAUGGCAAGCAUUUACAAGCAGUGUGUUCUGCUCUUCGAGAAGUGCCUCUUGGGCCUCAAGAUAAGCAGUUGGAUGUUGUUCCUUCUACCCAAGGUUUUUCAGAACAGUUUCAAGAUCCUUUAACUUUCAAGAGGGAAGCAGAAAGUAUCUGUACCAACCCAUAUAAUCCUAACAGCCGAAUCUGUUGGAAUGACAAUGAGGCAAUGAACACUGAGCAGUCUUUGGUCAGUCGUCUUAACCCAAGUAAGCAUAAGGAAUAUUCAGAAAGUAACUGUUUAAAAAAUGUGAAAACAGAGCCUUCAGGUUUGAUACAUCUGCAUGAGAUGCAUACAAGAAAUGUUGUGACAAGCAUAGCCUUGCCUGUUAAGUCAGAAGGAAGUGAAUCUGACAAAUGCUUUAGGAUGGAUACGGAAUAUUUUGUAAGACCUGAAAUGCCUGUGCAAACUGCAGAAAUAGCCCCAAGUUCGCAGCCAGCUCAGAACUCUAAGAGAUCUGUAACCAAUUCCAUGGAGCACUCUUUGGCACUGACAACAGAGACACUGAAAAGAGUUUCAACUGCUGGAACCUCAACUUGCCGCUUGUCAUCAGUAGAAGCCAAUAAUCCUCUAGUGACCCAGUUACUCCAAGGCAACUUGCCAUUGGAAAAAGUAUUGCCACAGCCCAGGUUAGGGGCCAAACUAGAAAUCAGUCGGCUUCCUUUGCCUUUGCAAACUACCUCCAGGUGUAAAUCAGCCACAUCCGAACGAAAUGCAAUUGAAAAUCCUUCCAGCUCCCCAAAUGCAGAUGGGAGAGAUUUUACAGCCGCAAAUAUACUCCCGCUGCAAAUCCGCAAACGUGAAAAUCAUCCCAAAAAGAGAGUAGCCAGGACAGCUGGGGAAAUUAAAUGUGAGCCUGGGAAGCCUUCAGUGGAUUCAGAUAUUAAAGUGGCUCCUUGUAUAAUCACUUCUAGCAUGAAUCAACUUGGACAUGGUCAGCUAUUUAAACAGGAGUGGCCAAGCAAGCACGCCAUUCAAAGCAGAAUAGCUCACAGUCCAGAGAUCAAGCAGCAGAAAAGGCCAUUGCCCUCAUGCAGUUUCCAGAAGAACUUAUUUAGUGUAGAGAAAAAUGGCAGCUUCCACACCGAAGUGAGCUCUUCCCAUCAGCCCCAUUUCUACCAAAUGCCAAUGGCUGCCCGAGGCCCUGUUACUACAGCCACUUUGAUGCAGGCAACUUUAAAAGCCCCAUCUGGCUGCGGUUCCUUUGCUUUCAGCAGGCACCUUGAGCAGAAGGCCCUGGGAGAGGCCAAUAUGUCUACAGCACCUCACCAGCUGAGACUGGCAACUGUUUUUUCCCCAAACGUUCAAAUUAAGGAAAGUGAUGACAUCCCCAGUGCCUCGCAAACUCUGCAGAAUAAAUCAUUAGUGCAUCCCCCGCCCCCUCCGCCCCCUCCCCCUCCCAAUGCAGAAGCUCCAUCUGAUCACAAACAACCAGGAGUUACUAUGGAAACCACCAAAAGACUUAGUUGGCCUCAGCCGGCAAAUGUCUGUAGCAAUAUAAAAUCAGAACCCGUUUCUUUGGAGGAAGGCUUAAACAGCAGCUGUGAGCUAGGCAUGAAACAAGCUUCCUACGAUCAGAAUGAAGUCAAAGAACAGUUGAAAGCUUUUGCAUUGAAAAAUGCUGACUUCCCUUCCUAUUUACUUUCAGAAUCACAGAAGCCUUUUGCCCCAUUAACUGCUCCAAAAAUACAGGCGCAGCAGCAGCAGCAGCGUGGAAAUUACCCUACAAUACACUUUGGUAGCACAAGUUUCAAAAGGGCGACCUCUGCCAUUGAAAAAUCUAUUGGGAUUUUAGGAAGUAGUUCAACCACAACUACAAACCUACCUAUUCAAAAUGCCCAAAUCCCAGUUCAGAAAUUUGCCGACAGCAGCAGUGCAGAUGAGUUGGAACUGAAAUGUUCUUGCAGGCUGAAAGCCAUGAUAGUAUGCAAGGGCUGUGGCGCCUUCUGCCACGAUGACUGCAUAGGUCCUUCCAAAUUGUGUGUAGCUUGUUUAGUUGUUCGAUAG